CCUCUGAGUGCGAAUGGAGGGCUUCUUCCUCUAAAGGUGGAUCAAUACAUUCCUGAGGAUGUUUUACUUGAGCACCAUGACGCUAGUGUUGAGCUGAAUGUGCCUUGUUCGGUGAAAAACAGAUUACGCACCGAAGCCUGGGCCCAGAUUAUCCGUUCUGCUGUCCUCACAGAAGUGCAAUGUUUGCUUAGGCUUUUAGUGGAUCUUAUUGAGCCCAAUCGAAUCUCUUACGUGUUGAAAAGCUGGAUUCCAUUCUCAGCUGAAGCCGAAGCAGAAGAAAAGCCAGGCUAA